AUGUCAUGUCUGGCCGCGAUAACACACCCGGCCAUCGAACCACCAGCCCUUCCGUUGGAGACCCAGGCGGAGCUCCUUGCUGCCUCGAAACGCGCGCAAGCACUCCAUGACCAACUCCUCACCCGGGAAGCUCCGGAACCUGAGCCCCCGAGUCCUGUAGAGACGUUACCUCCGGCGGGGAUAGAGCAGGACCCAGAACCCUUUCCAAGUAACUGGAUGCUUGCACAGCAAUUGGAAGAUCUAUGUUUGGACAAAAUCAGCACUGUCAUCAUUCUGCUCAGAUACAAUACCAGUUCAGUACCCAGAGGAGGAUGGUUCAAUGACAGGUGUCAUGAGGUGUCAAAACAUGGUUCACUGACAGAGACCAUUGCUGCCCUCAACCCUAAAUUGCCUACGGUCAGCCCUAAAGUGGCGGGUGCUACUCUUAACCGUGGUGAUUUGGGUACGUUGGUUGACCAGACAGUAUCGGAGACAGCACUGGACCUCCGCACACAGAUGGUUGAUUCUACCCUUGAACAAGAAAUUAACCUGGCUAUUGCUGAGUACGGGGGAGAUCUCACCCAGUUUGGAGGUUCCCGUACGUUCGCCCGUGUGCUGGCUGUGAUGUCUAGAGAUACGGUGGAUGAACCGGAUAGUCCCGAACCUACCACAUACGAUGUUGUGGACCGUAUCUGGCCUCAACCUGCAGAACCGUUGUCUGAAGUGACAUACACAGUUUCUGAUGGCCCUGCUACUGACACCCCGAUUCAUGCGCGCAAGUUGCGGAAGGGUGCCCACCGGCAUCCACAAAUUCGUUUUGCCACGGACCAGGCGAUAUUGGAUGCACUUGACGACCUCCACCUCACGUGUAUGGACCAGACUGUUGGUGCAGAGAAGGUUCUGCAGAUCCUUUGGGUGUGGCAUGAUGGUUUCACACACCUGGCAUCUCGGUUACGUGCCCUUGCACAGCAGAAGUGUGCGUGGAACAUUCCAGUCCCUAUCUUCCAGUCCCUGAUCGAUACCUGUGAGGAAUGUAACUGGGCAGGGUUACCAACGGGUCCAACGGCACGGGGCUUACUGCAACAGCCGGCACGACCACGAUACAUGUGUGAGGAGAGAGCAUUUGGCCGGCCUCUUCACAAAACCGAGGGUACGGCUGAUGCACUGAUCAACUUCUGCAAUACGCAGCUGCUACCCCGUGACCACAAAUCAACAUAUGUAGUUGAUAAGGGUAGCCCCCUAAUUAGUGAUGAAUUUCAGGCUUAUGUACAAUCGCAGAAUGCACGCAUACACCCUGCCUCGACGGGUGAACACGGGGGUAAUGGCCGUAUCGAAAGACUUGUAAUAACAGCAUUGGAAUAUAUGAAACGCGCAUUAGGUGUUGGAUUGGAACACGAAUGGAGACAAAUGUUCCCUGAAUUUAUUUCUAACUAUAUUGCAACACACUCGGCUGUUAUCAAUAACUCACCAUAUACGCUGAAGACUGACCGUAUAUAUCCCCACUCUACAGAUCCCGUAGUUGAGGCAAUCUUGGAUGAGGCCUUAGGGUGUGCAGAACCUACAGUCUCCCUUCGGCAAGAACCGUUGGAUCGUAACUUGCAGGCACUCGAGGUGGUAGCACGGGCAGAGGGUGCCCAGAAGCAGUCGGCUGAUUACAGCCGUAUUGAUGCUCCCAUGUUUGCGAUCGAUCGGGAACUAAUGUACACGCCGAUGGCACCUCCCCAGCACAAACUUUGGUUGGGUCCGGCAACCGUUCUUGCGCAUGUUGCACCUGUUAUGCAUUAUAUUUCCGAUGCUGAACUACAAAAGGAAUAUCGUUUGUAUGUUAAAAACCUUUCGGCAUACCGGGUACCCCUUGGUAGACCUGAGCACAGGCCGAUGGGUCGUGUGGCAGCGUCCGCUUACGGAGGAUGGCUGUGUUUUAGUUAUCCAUUUGCAGAUGACGAUAAUGAACAUAAGCGCCAGGAUAUUGCGGCUUUGCGUACUAGUAUCCCUGCGAUGCGUUUUCUGAAUGGAUGUAGUGAUGCGUGGCAGACAUGGUCUGAUCUCGCAGCUAAAAUAGGGGCAUCCUCGUGCGGAUGA